AUGGUAUCCUCUAGUGCGGCUCCAGCUGCUUCAGUCACAUCUGAUCCGCCACAAUCAUCCAUCUCCUCACCAACAUUGGGAACAACUACUUCGACUUCAAUUGCGAACCCGAACCCUCAACUGCAGACUACCAACGAAGGAAUUUCAACAGGCGCAACCGCCGGGAUCGCAAUCGGGUGUUUCGCCGCAGGUGCCUUACUAGCCGGACUCAUUUUCUGGUUCUGCCGGCGCAAAAGAGGACGACCAAACACCCAAUACCCUGCAGAGAAUACAUCUGCAUUGGCUUCGCAAGAAAAAGGGUUUUCCGCCAGUGCCAUACCAUUAAGCGAAAAACGAUCAUCUGUAGCUGCUCUGGGUAGGGGACUUCCUCAACCUUUGGAAGAUAAAGCUAUCUCUGGUGAUGUUUCUAAAAUAAGCAAUGCCAUCAAGAAUCAUGUCCAGAGUUACUACCACACAAGCCGUGUCAAUCCUGGUCUCAUCGACUAUGAGGACCUCCACGCAUUGGGGUCAGGUCUCCCAGUCUCUGUAGGAACGCUCACUACAUUGAUUGGAAAUGCUGCAACUAGAGAGAUUGCUCUAAGGUUCAUCAUCGCCUGGGUGGUAGUAUCGAAACUUCAGCCCUCCAAAGAUCCUACAAAGAGCUUUUUGCCGGCCGAAGUCGCCCAAUGUUACCAAGCCGUCGCAACUGGAGAUCGUGGCUACCAAGCCCAAACAUCAUUGAUGGCACGCUGGCGGGUCAUGACUGCUGAGUUGAUGCAGUCUAGCUACAUUCGCAAUGCCUUCGGUCCUUCCGACAGUCGACAUGUAAGUAUACAAGCAACUCUUGCAACAUUGGACAACGUUCUGCAGCCAUACGCGGACUCUCGCAUAAACAAUGGAGAGCGCAAGAGAAACCUUGAGGAAGUGCUAAAGCGGGCUGCACUUUUCGCUUUCACGCUGUUUUCCCAGCCUAGCGCAUGGGAGUUCGAGUGGCAGGAGGAGCAAGGUGUCACGCCAGGAGAUUUGUGCAUUUUCCCCGCUCUUGUGCAAGUAGCGGACGAGGCUGGUCAUUCGGUCAAUCCGCCGCGGCCUUUUAGCGAGGCUGUGGUGAGACGGUUGGAUGCAUGA